AUGCAGACCGACGCUACCCCAGUGCUCGUAGACAUGAGUUCACUGUUCCGGCCUCCCGCCGCCGCCAGGGCAGCUCAGACCCUUGACCGGACGCUCUUCUCACGCACCCUGCCGGCCACGGCGGCCGUGGUCCGGGACAACAAGCUGCUCUCGCGGUAUCGCAAGGACUUUGAGGGUACGCGGGAGCUCCUCAACAUCGACAAGAUGAGGCCCAUCGUUGCUCAUCCGGACCCUGCCUUGGCCCGUCAGGGCAGCAAGUGUCUGGUCUUGGACCCGGCCAUCAAGUCGUCAGUACCUGAAACUUGGAGCUCAAAGCUCAAAGAGGCGCUGGAUGCCGGCGAACUCAGUCUCAUUCCUUACAACGUGGACAUUGACUACACCUAUUGGAGCUAUGUUGACGUUGUGAAAUCUAUCCUCCCCGAGAGCCUUCAAAAUGAGGUCCCCAGCGGCUUCAAUUCUGCCGGUCACGUCGCCCACCUCAAUCUGCGCGAACAAUAUCUACCGUACAAGCACGUCAUCGCCCAAGUCCUCCUGGACAAGAACCCUCACAUCAAGACCGUCAUCAACAAGACGGACAAUGUCGGCACGGAGAACGAGUUCCGCACCUUCUCGUACGAGGUGCUCGCCGGGCCGGACGACAUGGUGGUCGAGGUGCGCGAGAGCAACUGCUCCUUCGUCUUCGACUACUCAAAGGUAUACUGGAACUCGAAGCUGAGCAACGAGCACGACCGGCUGGCCUCGCUGUUCCAGCCGGGCGAAGUGGUGGCCGAUGUCAUGGCCGGCAUCGGGCCCUUUGCCGUGCCCGCCGGUAAGAGGGGGGUGUUUGUGUGGGCGAAUGACAAGAAUCCCGAGAGCUACAGAUAUCUCAACAAGGCUGUUCAGAGGAACAAGGUAUCCGAAUUCGUCAGGCCCUUCAACCUGGACGGCCACGACUUCAUCCGGCAGGCAGCCGACCUCGUCCUCGAGGCAUCAGCCCGGGGCCAGCACGCCACAGUCGCCGGUCCCAGACCGUCAAGGACGUCCAAGGAGCCUCCCCCGCCACCGACCAAGGUCCCCGUCCCGCCCACGGUGUCCCACUUCGUCAUGAACCUCCCCGCCUCGGCCAUCGAGUUCCUCCACGACUUCCGCGGUCUGUACCACGGCCACGAGGACCUGUUCUCCUCACCCGGGACCGAGGCCCAGACCCAGCGGUUGCUGCCCAUGGUACACGUCCACUGCUUCGCGCCGAAACCCAACGACGACGCGGCCGUGAGGGGCGUCGUCGAGCGCAUACAGAGGGAGAUUGGCGUAGCCCUGCAGCCUGGCAACGGAGAGGUGCAAGGUCAGGCCACGUUCCACGAGGUGCGGGACGUGGCGCCUAACAAGCUCAUGUUCUGCGUCAGCUUCCGUCUACCGCCGGAGGUCGCCUUCGCCCCUCGGACAUGA